CCCAAACCGCAACGAAGAUGCUACAGCGAGAAAGCGACUUGGAACGAUAUUCCCAUUUAAUUUUUUUUUUUUUUUGUUUGGCUUUUUAUUUCUUUGUUUUUUUUUUUUUUUCUCUCACUAGAAGAGCAAGAGUGUGAGAGUAUGGCGAUUUGUGAGGCGUUCUGUUGUUUUUUUCAGUUGAGUGCCUGAGAAAUUCAUCGCCUACUCCCUCGCAUUUUUGUUGUUUCAGCAAAGAAUUUAUACUGUGCGCGUACGGCCCCCCCGAUUAUUGUGCGCGGAGAUACUGACAUUCGCGAAUGCAUAUGCGUGGUGUGCAGGGAUCUUGAGGAUUAGGUCUCGCAGCACGGGGAAUGAAGAAGAAUGCCGGCGUGCUGAAUUCCAGUUGGAGACGAAGGCGCGAAGGUGAAGGUGAACACUUGAAUCAUAGUGCCGGUACCGUCUGCCAAUGCAUUUCUGUGCUUCGCGCAUAAAAUGUUGCUGUAGUAGUGACUGAGGAGUCAUCGCCGUCGUCGUUGGACUUGCGGCUUAGGGUUUGGUUUUGAUCGACACGAGUACGUGUUUGUCCUCGUGCUCACUUUCCGAGUUCGCCUUGACCGCUUUUGUUCUGUUGAACCGUAAUUCGUGCGAAAUCGAGGCGCUCUGGAUCGGAGCCUGUACUCCUUGACAGUAUUCUGAAGUGAAGAGCGGAACAGAGACGUGUCUUCCGCAGUCGUGGUAUUAGCAGAACAAUUGUAAAAUUGGAGAAAUGAAGGAGUUGGGUGACGACAAGUGUUUGGACCCGCAGUUGUGGCAUGCCUGUGCCGGAGGGAUGGUGCAAAUGCCUCCGGUGAACUCCAAGGUCUACUAUUUCCCACAAGGACAUGGGGAGCACACGCUCACUAAUGUCGACUUCUCGAAUUUGACAAAAAUCUCGCCUAUGAUUCUCUGCAGGGUUGGCACUGUGAAGUAUUUGGCCGACCCCGAGUCAGACGAGGUUUAUGCUAAGCUUAAGCUGGUUCCAAUUGGCAGAGAACAUGGCUUUGAUGAUGAUGUGGUUUUAGGGAGCAACACCACUGCACCUGAUACAGCCGAAAAAUCGAAUUCCUUUGCCAAGACAUUGACUCAAUCUGAUGCUAACAAUGGUGGUGGUUUCUCAGUUCCUAGGUACUGUGCAGAAACCAUCUUUCCACCAUUGGAUUACUCGGCAGAUCCACCAGUCCAGACUGUGACUGCUAAGGAUGUUCACGGUGAAACAUGGAAGUUUAGGCACAUUUACCGGGGGACACCAAGGAGGCAUUUGCUGACAACGGGGUGGAGUACUUUUGUGAACCAGAAAAAGCUAGUUGCAGGGGAUUCAAUUGUGUUCCUGAGAGCAAACAAUGGAGAACUUUUUGUUGGAAUCCGUAGGGCUAAAAAGGGUGGUAUAGGUGGCUCAGAUGCUCCGCAAGGGUGGAGCUCUGCUGCUGGAAACUAUGGUGCAUAUCCAUCUUUUUUGAGGGAAGAUGAUAACAAAACUAUUAGAAGCACUAGUACUCCAAAGCUGAGUUCUUCUGGUGGGCGUUUUAGGGAAAGAGGAAGAGUGAAACCUGAAUCGGUUCUUGAAGCUGCACGCCUUGCUGGUAGUGGUAAACCAUUUGAAGUUGUUUAUUACCCACGUGCAAGCACGCCUGAAUUUUGUGUUAGGGCUUCCUCUGUGCAUUCUGCUAUGAGGAUCCAAUGGUGUGCAAGGAUGAGGUUCAAAAUGGCCUUUGAAACUGAAGAUUCUUCUCGAAUUAGUUGGUUCAUGGGAACAGUAUCUUCUGUUCGAGUUAAUGACCCCAUCCGCUGGCCCAAUUCACCCUGGCGGCUUCUUCAGGUGACAUGGGAUGAACCAGAUUUGCUUCAAAAUGUGAAGAAUGUAAGCCCGUGGAUGGUCGAAUUGGUUUCAAAUAUGCCCAUCAUUCAUAUGUCACCUUUCUCGCCACCAAGAAAAAAGUUGUGUUUACCACAAGAUUUCUCACUUGACAGCCAAUUUCAAAUACCAUCAUUUUCAGGGAAUGCCCUUGGUGCCAGCAGCCCAUUUUAUUGUUUAACUGAUGUGGCUGCAGGUUUACAGGGAGCCAGGCAUCCGCAAUCUGGCCAGCCUUCAUUAGAUCUUCACCUUAACAACAAACUGAAUAUGGGACUCUCACCACCAUCCCUCCGGCAAUUUAAUACAGAUUGCAGAAUCCCUGAUGCCAUUACGAGAGGCCAAAAUGAUAACAGUGAGAAUAUAUCUUGCUUACUUACCAUGGGGAAUUCCACCCAGAAGUCAGAUACAACUGAUGAAUUGAUGACUCCUCGGUUCUUGCUUUUUGGUCAUCCAAUACUCACUGAGCAGCAAAUGUCUCAGAACUGCCCAACUGGUCCGGUUUCACAAAUUCGUGAAGUGCAAAGUUCCCCAGGCGGGAAAGAAGUGAAUUCAGCUGAACUUGGCAUUGAUACUGGUCACUGCAAAGUUUUCAUGGAGUCAGAGGAUAUAAGCCAAACUCUUGACCUCUCAGUCGUGGAUUCAUAUGAAGAGCUAUACAAAAAACUCGCACACAUGUUUGGGAUAGAAAGCUCAGAGGUGAUGAAGCGUGUGCUCUACCAUGAUGCAGCAGGUGCUGUCAAACAAAUUGGAGAUGACCCAUUCAGUGAGUUUGUUAAGAAAGCAAAAAGAUUGACAAUUUUGAGGAAAUCAGGCAGCAGCUCUGAGAGGACAGGGACGAGUCGGGUUCGAGAAGCUGUAUCAUCAUCUGAUGAUCGACGUGGAAAGAUGCCAAUGAUAUCGUGAAGGAAUAGAUGGAAUGUUGUUGCUAAGAUUCUACUGAGUGCAAGCAAGCUAAGGGGGUGGGGGUCUUGUAUGUUUGCAUAGUAGUUGCAUGUGCAGAGUUUGGGUAGAGAAGUAUGAACAGUUUCUCUUGUUAUGUUAGUAUUGACAUGGGAUGGGAUGUGUAGCAGAGCAGAGCAGAGCAGAUGGAAUAACGUGGUACUAAUGGCUAGCUAGUAUGUAGUGAACUGAACUGAACUGAACUCCCAAUGUAUGUUUUCACAUGAAUGAUGAUGAUAAAUAUGGUCAGAAAAUUUCA